AUGGCUUCCACUACCACACUACUACCCGAGCACAUGUCUGCCACUUCUGACCCCCACUCUCACUUUCCUCCCUCCCCCUCCUCCCCUGCAAAACGAAUCAUUUCGCGCGCGCAUCUGCAGCGCUUCCUCGACUCGCCGACGCACCAACACGUGAUCGACUACAUCGAACGACUCAACGAGGCCGUGGUAGGCGUAACACUGACUGAUCCAAUCCAGUGCUCACCCGCAAGUACUCGUUCUGCCGAGCCAUGACCGUUACAGCUAGGUGCUCGGAGCUGACUCAUCUGCGUGUGGGGGGACCCCAACUUUCGGACAUCCUCUUUUUCUCUGCAGGCCGUCGAUGCUCUCUUGAGCGUCUUGCAACGGAUCGAAAAGAUCGCCGAGGAGACUCCACCAAUCGAUAACGGCAAGAGCAGGUUCGGGAAUCCGGCAUUCAGGACCUUUUACGACACAGUCGUCGAGGUCGGUCUUCCCUUCCUCGCUUCUCUGGCUCGGUGCACUCGGGCUAUCCACCGAAAGCUGAUCCGGACAUCAUCGUCCCGUCACUUCUUCUCGAAUCCCCCGGCUUGCAACGCCCCAUCGAUCCGCAACCUCACAGCAAUCCGCUGAAUUGCAUCGGUCGAUCCCGAAUCUCCCAACCGAGCACGUGACCGAGCUGAGCGGCUAUUUCACCGAAAGCUGGGGAAAUCGCACCCGCGUCGACUAUGGAUCCGGUAUGGAGUUGAACUUCAUUUGUUGGUUGUGAGUACCCCAUAAUCCUAUCGCCUGGUCGCAAAGGCUUACCCAUCGUGCGUAUGGUUGGCCGAGCAGGCUGUGUUUGGACAAGUUGAAGAUUUUGACCCCCGACGAUGACCGAGCGGUCGUGAUCAAGCUCUUUUGGAGGUGGGUCUCCCUGUCCGCACUAGAGCUGCGAAAGUCUUGGGAACGUCUGACAAUCUCCACCAUCUCAGGUACAUGACGGUCGCGCGUCUCCUGCAAACUGAAUAUUGGCUCGAACCCGCCGGGUCGCACGGUGCUCAAGGUUUGGACGAUUAUCACUUUGCCGUCUUCAGUAGGUCCCACAAAAUACACUCCGCGAGACAUAGAUUCCUCGGCUUGAUUGAACUCUGUUUGUCUUGCCUGUGUGCUACAGUUUUCGGCUCGGCACAGUUGCGCAAUCAUAAGCAUUUGCGACCCAAGGCGAUUCAUGAUCCCGAAAUUUUGGACGAGUUCGCCAAGGAUUACAUGUACUUUUCCUACGUUCGGUACAUCAACUCGGUAAGAAAGACUCAGUUCCCCCUUCCUUGACCAAUCUUCUCAUUCUUACUGAGCCAACCUCCGUCCGAGAUUUUAGAUCAAAACGGCUUCUCUCCGUUGGCACUCCCCGAUGCUGGACGACAUUUCCGGUGUCAAAACCUGGGCCAAAGUCAAUUCCGGCAUGCUCAAAAUGUAUACGGCCGAAGUACUCGCCAAGUUACCCGUCGCUCAACACUUUUUAUUCGGCACGCUCCUCCCCUUCCCAUUACCACCGGAUGGGGAAGAGUUGGAAGGGAAUGGGGAGGGGGAGGAAGGCGUUCAUUUGGAUGCGCACGGACAUGUGCAUGUGAGGGGCGAGGGUUUUGGCGAUUGUUGUGGGAUCGCGAUCCCUUCGGCCUUUGCGGCUGCCGAGGCGAUCAGGAGGAAGGAGGAAGGUAGUGGGGGCAAGUUGAGGAGAAUCCCAUUCGAUUGA